CGUAACCAGGACGAACAUAUUAUUUGGAUGGGUGACUUCAAUCGCCACCACCCCAUGUGGGAACUUGAACAUAACACGCACUUAUUUACUGCAGUGAACCUAGACGCUGCAGGUGUACUAAUCAACCUCUUAUCACUGUACAACUUAACACAGGCACUCCCAGCUGGACUCGCAACCCUAGAAGCAUCCAAUACAAAAAACCACACCAGACCAGACAAUGUCUUCUGCUCGGAGAGCCUCGAACACGCCUUCACACAAUGCGAUGUAAAGUAUCAUCUGCGCCCU